AUGUCUUCCAACCUCACUCAUCUUGUCGUGCACCUGUGCGAAGCUAGCUCUAUCGACAUCACCUGUCACGCCAUUCUCAUGCCGCGUCUUCAAGAGCUUUAUCCCGCAGUCAGGAUCCACGAGGCGGUCGUCGAACAGACCGUCAAGCAACCUGCCAAUGGCCACUCUAAUCGCCGGAUCAAGCUCAAGGCCAGCGACGGCCUCCAGGAAGCCUUCGAUAAAAUGUGCGAAUUGGAGCGAACUCUGCAAGGUCACGGUGAAAGAAUAUUCAACAAAUACAUCAUCGUGUGGCGCGCCAACCAGCCGUCCGUCCAGAAGACGGCGUCUGCCCGGCCACGCAUCGCGGAGGACAUUCGGAACAAGGAUAUCUUCCUGUCCAUAAUCUCCCCCAUGGAGUCUGUCCACCUGGAUAAAAAGAUCAUGGAUAACUGCGCCCUCAUGCACGCAGAUGCUCCCGCCACUUGGUCACCCUGGCCACAGAACCUAAGCUACUGCGUGCAAGGCUUUGGAAAGGCGACAUACCGUGGCUAUGUUUCGCACCCUGACCUGCCACGACUUAUGGAGGCGGCCAAUGUGGAGCUAUACGAGACCGACCCGGGUGACUUGCGUCGUGUUUUCCGCGCGUCCAGGCCUCAGUGCGCCUUCACCGAGCCCAUCAGGAUCCAGCCCCAGGCACACUUCAUGGCACCUGCGUACGCCCCGCCACCUGUCGCCUUCGCCGCGCCUAUGUACGCUGCGCCACAAGUCAAUCUCGCGCUUCCCGCGAACGGACAGCAAUGGGCUAUCCCAGGACCUCAGGUUCCAGGUGCAUGGCCACAACAGCAGCAAGCCCAAGUCCAGGCACAGGCGCAGCCGCUGUACAACCUCAGUCCUGGUGGUGCUAUUAUGGGCCAACCACUCAUCCCCCCGCCGGCACCGGCGCCAGGCCCCAGUCGGAAGCGCAAGCAGCGUGACGACUCGACUGAAGAGAUGGCAGAUUCCACGGACCGCGAGGCGAAGCGUGCGCGGGUGGUCGCGCGCGCCUUCUCGAACACGGGAAAGGGCAAGGCCAAGGCCAGGCAUACUGCCGUCGCGGAAACGCAGCAGAUGACUUAUGCACACUCGCCUGCGGCCAUUCCGGUGCUAUCGGGGGCACCGCUGAUGCAGAUGCAUGCGGAUCCUGCAGGCCCGUCGCCGAACGCGUCUGCGAGGGUAGCGCCUCCCGUUAUGGCGGCAGAUGUCGGCUACAGUGAUCUCGCUACAGGAAGCGGGGGCUCGUCGCAGGUGCCCGAUUACUCGCCACAGCCCCUGGUACCUACGCCGUCGAGCACAAGGGGCACUUCAGCAGCGGCUUCGACGGACGUGUCGACGCCACCGGUCGUGGACGCUUACACAAAUGUCAGUUUACCUGACGUUAUCUGGGCAGAACCUGAGGCCAUGAUGGACAAUCUCCAUGUCGCAUCGGAACGCCCGGUAGAUAUUGACGGGGCCUUCAAUCGCUACUUCGAGCGCUGGGCAUGCGCCGGGCUCGUGAAUGACGGCAUGGUCGGUAACGACGCGGAUUUGCCCUCUACGCAGGGCUUCGUGGAACAGCUCACAACAAGUGUCAGAGUCCAUCCACCUGUUGAUCUCAAGCAAGAAAUCAACCGAAUCUGGUAUCAGCCUGUCACCACGACUCUCGAUGACGAUGUUGCAAAGUGGGGCGAUGAGGGGCCUAUUCCCCAGUACGUCCUUCUUGAAGAAGCUGAUGUCAAACGAGCAGGCCUAGAACGCGUUCGUUACGAUUUUCCUUGGCAGCCUGUAUCUGACGAGGCGGACGCUGAAUACAUCCGCCUCCUUCGUCGCGUUGAAAGCGAGUGCUGGCUGGACCAUCUUUGGUAUCAACAUAACUUCGAUACCUCUAUGGUCAUAUACAAUGGCACUUAG